UAUCAUCUUCUUCUUCACUGCUUCACUUCUUCUUCCUCAAACCACAACCGCUUUUUCCCCUUCUGGUUUUACAAAUUUCAAACCAUGUCUCUCGGCAACACCUCACGUGCUCCGAUCAAAAAAACCACCAGCAUGACCGACAUCACCUUCGAUCUGGGCGGCGGAGGCUCCAUCCACAACCGAUCACCGCCGUCGCCUGCGAUCUCCCAACAGCUGAUGUCGCCAAGAAAUCACAGAAGGCAUUCGAUUGAUCUACAAGAAAACGCCAAUUUCCUCAGAGAUUGUUCUCUUUGCUCUCGCCCUCUUGUUCCUGGUCGUGAUAUUUACAUGUACAGGGGAGACAGGGGAUUCUGUAGCGACGAAUGUCGGCAACAGCAAAUGAAGCAAGAUGAGAGAAGGGAGAAGUGCAGUUUAGCAUCAAAGAAAGCGGCAGCCAAGGCGGCGGUGGCAUCUUCAUCGGCCGUCGUUGUUCCACCACAAAUCUCCGGCAAGGGAGAAACGGUGGCUGCAUCAUAGUUCAUCCAUGGAUUUAUGUUUUCCUGUACCCAAAUGUUGUAUCCGUUAAUCUAUCGUAUUCUAAGCAAAAUCCCCACAAAUUCAUCCCUCGAUUCUUGAAUAGAUCCAUGUUCACUGCGAACAAUCAUUCCAUGAAAACCCAUCUCCAUCACUUACAGAUA